AUGGUAAGCUAUGUGUGUACCAUCUCUACUUCAUUUACAUACUGUGUUGUCUUCGUGGCUGCAGCACGCCAUGGAGCAGUACUUGUCCAACAAGGAUCACCCGCACGUGGCGCAGCUCUCUCUGCGAGGAGGUCAUCGAGGUGCGGGAGGCCGCCGUCAAGACAUGGCUCAAGAAGCAGACCCAUCACAUGCCUGCCAGGUGAAUGAGAGGAUCAACCCGCCACAGAAAGGCCUUCAAAACAUGUGUGCCACACACACAUACAUCUGUCGCACGUGUGUGUCUGCAGAGGCGGUCAAGGGGGCGUUUCGCGAGCUGCAGAUGCUCGACCACAUGCGCCGCAGCCCCGCCCUCACCUCAAAGCUGCCCUCGCCAGCCCCGGUCGACGCCCUCGACCACCUCACACGGUUGGUGGGCGGCAGGUUUCAUGAGAGGCCGUGCGCCCUCAUCUGCCGCCACCAGCUGCUGGAGGCGGUGCGGGAGCACAUGGCCAGCGAGGCUGCCCCUCAACCCGCCCGCACCACCAGCUCAGGGUCGUGGCCGCCCUGCCGCGUCGUCUAA